CUGAUUAGUUUAUUACCUGCACGCUAUCAUUCAUCAUACUUAAUACGCCUACUUGUAGUAAACCUUUCAAUUGACUACGUGAGCUCACCAAGUCUAAAAGCACGGCGCUUAGCCAGACAACGAAUCAGUGACUCUGCUUGCAGACGCUAUACUCAGGCUAUACUCGGUCAAAGCGAACAAAGUGACCUUUUAGCUAGCCAAUCAACAAAACGCUCAAAGCACCACAAUCCACCAACCAGACUAAUUUCAUCAUCUCGACAACCUUCCAACUUUGAUCUUGAACUUCCAAAUCUUGAACGCAGUCAGCCAACUCUAGAAUCCAUGGAUACUAUGACACCAGAAGAGAAAAUCUCCACUAAAAGAGGUGAGCAAGAUUAUGUUCAAAAGAAGACAUUUACUAACUGGAUGAACACAUAUCUAACUAAGGCUAAUCCUCAAUUAAGAGUUAAAGAUCUCUUCGAGGAAAUUCGAGAUGGAAUCAUUCUGAUUCGAUUGUUGGAAAUUCUCUCGAAGGAGACCUUGCCAAUCAAUAUUACAACUGACAUGAAACCAGCUUAUUGUUUGAGUAAUGUCAAGACUGCACUUGACUUUCUGGUCAAAAAGAAGGUUAAACUUGUAAAUAUUAACCCGGUGGAUAUUGUUGAUGGCAGACCAAAGAUCGUUCUCGGAUUGAUUUGGGUCAUUAUUCUUUACUUCCAGAUUGAAGAGCAGGAAGAUAUGUUACUUGAACUCCUCGGGAUACCCAAGACUGGAAGUAGAAGCAAGGUCACUGCAAAACAAGCACUCACAACCUGGGUCCAAAAUGCAUUUAGCGAGCAAUUCAAAAUCGACAUCAAGGACUUCGGCCCGAGUUGGAGAGAUGGAGUGGCCUUCAAUGCAAUUGUGCAUAGUAUUGAUCCAAGACUAGUUGAUAUGCGGGAAGUGGAGCGCAGAACCAAUCGUGAAAAUCUUCAAAGCGCUUUCACAGUGGCUGAGGAAAAGCUUGGAAUUCCAAAAAUUCUAGAUCCAGAAGAUGUUGAUGUUGAAAAACCGGAUGAGAAGUCAAUUAUGACCUACGUCGCCCAGUUCUACAAAGCUUUUCCGGAAACGGGAAAGCCGAAAUCAUUGAACCUUUGCGACAGCGAAACGCAACGUUUCACUGAAUUUUUGGAUGAUCUCCAAAAUGCAGAAAGCCGGUUGACGGAGUCCAUUCAAAUGAAUAAAAACUUUAAUGCAGCAUAUCCUUUGGACGACCUACUUCAAACUAUCGAGCAGAAUAAGCCAGACGCUCUGGCCGAUGCGCAAAUCGAGGAAAUGGACAAUAUUGCAGCCGAUUUCUUUCUGCAUCACCGAACUCUUUCGGACCAAUUGAAAAAUCUCGAACAAAUUACCGCUAAAAAGGACAAAAUUGAAGGCCUGUUAUCAAAAAUAGAGGAUAUGAUAGAACAUCCUCCCAUGGACUUCACAGAGCUAGAAGAAGGUUACAAUGAGAGUUUCUCGGACCUUACCACGUCGAUCACUGAAUUGGAGAACUUAGUGAGAUCGGCUCCAUUAAAGAUAAUUGUACAAGAUUUGGACUUCUCUCAUUUCCAAAGAAGAAAAUUGGAGAUUGUUAAAUCUUGGAAGAAUUUAUGCUCAAGUCGACGGCUUGAAAUUCAUGCUUUGGACGAUUUCGAGGAAGCAUACGGAAGGGUCGAUGCUCUAGUGAUUGAACUGGCAAGAUACUUUGAUGCCAUUGAAUCUGACCUCUCUUCGGCAAAUUCUGACCUAAUCAAAAGUGGAAUUACCAUGUUCGAGGAUCUCAUUGAUACACUCAAUAAUAGACUUCCAAACGACAUGGGAAACCUUAAGGAAAUUGGGAAGGCAAUUGUUGAAAGCGUUUCCGAAGGGUUCAAUAAUGAGCAACUGAAGAAAACGUGUAGCAAAAGGCUUACAUUGAUGGAGUCAAAACUGGAUGACCUAAUUAAUCGAAAAAUUGCAAUUGAAAAGAUUUGCAAUAAAGCGUCGGUUAGACUUCAGGGUUUUAAAAAAUUCACUGAAAUUCUGGAAAGCAAGGUUGCUGAAGCUAAACCAAAGUUGGCACUUCUUAAAUCAGGUCCAAAAAUCACUGGAAAAUCGGCCAAGAAUGACAUUGAUGCAACUAACGCUUGGUAUGCCGAAUGCGAAAAUCUUGAGAAUCUCUUCAAUUCAACUCAAAAUGCAGCUUCGAAAUUACAAACUCUUCUUGAAGAUCUGGAUUUCAAAUCUCCUCCAGAAUGCUCAGAAAUCUUUAACGAAUAUCACCGUCUUAGAGAUGAGUCAAAAGUAAGAUAA